CCACUACAAAGAUAUAUUUUUUUAAGUAAAAGAGUACUCUAGAAUUUCCAGAGCACCAUGUAUCCCACCUUAUAAACUCCUGCUACCUCUGUUUUCAAUCUCAUCCAUCUAUAACCGUUUAGCUAUUUCCUUUCGGUUUAAUCACAAUAAUCAUGGCAGUCUUCAAAGUCCACGGUGCUGUUUUCUCCUCACCUUCAAUGCGUGUUUUUGCUUGCCUUUACGAGAAGGAUCUUGAUUUCCAGUUUAUUCCGGUAAACAUGGGAGCUGGUGAACACAAAUCUGAAACGUUUCUUUCCCUUAAUCCAUUUGGUCAAAUCCCAGCGUUAGAAGUUGGAGAUCAGAAGCUAUUUGAAUCGAGAGCAAUUACCCAAUACAUUGCUGAGGAGUAUGCUGACAAGGGCACUCAGUUGACAUGCCCAGGUAAGGCCAAAGCUCCGUUUUUGGUAUGGAAGGAGGUGGAAGCACACCAAUUCGACCCUGUGGCAUCUAAAUUGAGCUGGGAGCUAGUACUUAAGCCCAUGUUUGGCCAGACUACGGAUCCAGCUGUGGUUGAAGAGAAUGAAGCUAAGCUGUGCAAGGUGUUAGACAUCUACGAGGCUCGAUUGGCUCAGUCCAAGUACUUGGCUUGCGACUGCUUCACCUUAGCGGAUAUGCAUCACCUCCCUCAUUUAAAUUACUUGAUGGGGACACCAGUCAAAAAGCUAUUUGAUUCACGCCCUCAUGUCAGUGCAUGGGUUGCAGAUAUUUCAUCUAGACCAGCUUGGUCCAAGGUUAUUGCAAUGCAUAAGCAAUAGAUGUUAGCCACUGCACAUCACUUGACAGUCACUUGUCUGUCAAAAGAUUUAGGCAGUGUUUUCAGGAGCUUUUCAUUUUGCUAUGCUUAGUGUACUGUUUGCAGCUUGUAUUGUAUCAAUCGUGUAAGACAACUAGGAGCUUUUCAUUUUGUUACACUUGGUGUACUGCUUGAAGCUUGUGUUGUAUCAAUUGUGUAAGAAAACUACUGAGAUAAUAAAGCCUGUGUGGAAUAAGUGAUUUGUGACAAUAA